AUGCAGGGACAGAAGGAGAACCUCAGCGAGCGCAUCCCGGAGCUGUGUGCCGUCAUAGGCUUGCAAGAGCAAGGCAGGAAAUUUUUCACACAAUGGUGUGAGGAAAAGCUCAGUCAGAAUGGAGAGCUGCUCCCUGGCCUGCAUGAGGUGCUGCAGGAGGACAUCCAAGCCCUGGAAGUCACCCAGAAGGUGGAGAGAGCCCUCUCCUGCCCACAGCACAGGAAGUUUGCUGUCUCUGAGGUCUGUGGGGCACGGGAGCACUCGGACAUGGCUUUCACCAGCAGGACAGCAGAGGCAGCCCAGGAGGAGCUUCAGGCUGAAAUCUAUGACCAGGUGAAGCUGUGCAACCUGCUGCUGUCCCAGGUGAGGCAGCGGAGCCAGGCCCGGGAUCGCCUGCAGAGGUGGCUGCAGCAGCUGCAGGGUGAUGAGAUGGAUGGCAACCAGCACCAGGUGCAGGUGAUUCACCAGGUGGAGAACAGCAUUGAGAAGAUGGUGACAAAAGGCCAGGCUGGGGAGAAGGUGACCACCCUCUACCUGGGGGUUUGGGAUGUCCUGAGAAAGGAGCUGGCCCAGCUGCCUAGCCACCUGGACCUCCUGUGUGGGAUGGCCGAGCUGUACCAUGGGGAGCUGGAAGACAUGGAGUUCAUGGCCUCUGACACCCUCAAAACCACUAAUAUAACCAAGGAGGACAUGGCCAAGGUGGAAGCUCAGUUCCUCAAGGAGAGAGAGCUCAGGUUCCACUCCCUGGCCUCUGCAAGGGUUCCCAUCGACAGGCAGUGGCUGAAGGAAGCAAGGGCAAGGAUGGCGCAUUCCAGGUAUGACCUCACCGUGGACUUGCAUCAGGAACCACGGGUGGAUGCUGACACAAAGGCCACCAAGAGGCAGAUGGAGUAUGAGGCCUGGGUGACAGAGGAGGUGCAGAGGGCCAAGGCUGUGGUGCAGUGCUCCUGCCUCUGGGACAUCCCCAGCAGGCUCCUGGCACAGCAGAAGUCCUCAGCAGACCUGGAGCAGUACAUCAAGGGGAGCAAGGAGAAGAAGGAGCAGCUGAAGGAGACACUGAAGGAGCUGGAGCUGAAGCUGGCUGAGCUGAUGUUUCACCAGCCCCCCAGCACAACCAGUGUGGUUGGCUUCAGGAAGCUGGAGGAGGAGAUGAGGAUGAACCUGCAGAGGGAAGAGGCUCGGCUGGAGCAGCUGGAAGCCCAGAUGCUGAUGAACCAGGAGCUCCUGCUGGAGUUUGAAAGUGGCAUCAACAACCUCAUCGCCCGCCUGGCUGGCAUCACCGUGCCCCACCAGGAUGAUUCAGCCAAGGCCGUGGAGGUGGAGGGGAAGCUCCAGCAGUGCCAGCAGAAGCUGCAGUACCUGCUGCAGAGGGUGGCUGACCUGCCCCCAGACACUCACAGCCCUGACGAGGACAAUGAGACAUUUACAAAGGUCAGAAAUCUGUUGGAGAAAGCAACCACACAUGAUCCACAGAAUCUGAAGAUCUCCUUGGAUGACACAGACAGCAGCAUCCAAGACUUUACUUUUGCUGAAAAAGGCCAUGGCCAGGUCCCCACCCGGGAGUACAUCAAGAAGCAGGGGCUGCAACUGAUUGAGAGGAAGAAGAAGAGUGCCAAGAAGUAG